AAAAUAUUUUUUAUAUAUAUAAAAUAUAUAUAACUUUAUGUAAUAAUAUAUCUUUAGAGUUUUUUUACUCUUAAUUAAAAUAAUUUAUAUUUUUUAAAUUGUAUUUGUUUUUAUUUUACAGCAUUUUUUUAUAACAUCAAAUAAUUUGUUUUCUUUAUUAUUGUUUUUUUCUUUUUUAAUUAAUUAAUAUAUUUAUUUAUUUAUUUAUUUAAAAUUAAUUUACAAUCAAAAAUUAAUACUUACUAUUUUUUAAAUUCAAAAUAAAUCAAAAUUUUUAAAAAAAUUCUCAUUCAAAAUCAUCAAUCCAUUAUAAAAAUAGAUCAGAAAGAAGAUUAUCAAUAUUGUUAUUAUAAUAAAAAGUUAAUUAGAAAAUAGAAAAGAUGGCAAGCAAAAAAGGAGAUCCAGAAGAAUUAUAUAUUAAACAAGAAAAAAUUGGUAAAGGUUCAUUUGGUGAAGUUUUUAAAGGUAUCAAUAAAAAGACAAAUGAAACAAUUGCAAUUAAAAUAAUUGAUCUCGAAGAUGCAGAGGAUGAAAUUGAAGAUAUUCAACAAGAAAUUAAUGUACUCUCACAAUGUGAAAGUGCUUUUGUUACAAAAUAUUAUGGUUCAUUCUUAAAAGGUUCAAAAUUAUGGAUUAUUAUGGAAUUUCUUGCUGGUGGUUCAGUUUUAGAUUUAAUGAAACCAGCCCCAUUCGAUGAAAGUUAUAUUGCAAUUAUUUUAAGAGAAUUAUUAAAAGGUUUAGAAUAUUUACAUUCAGAGGGUAAAAUUCACAGAGAUAUUAAAGCAGCAAAUAUUUUAUUAUCAGCAAAUGGUGAUGUUAAAUUAGCAGAUUUUGGUGUUAGUGGUCAAUUAACUGAUCAAAUGACUAAAAGAAAUACUUUUGUUGGUACACCAUUUUGGAUGGCUCCAGAAGUUAUUAAACAAACUGGUUAUGAUUCAAAAGCAGAUAUAUGGUCAAUGGGUAUUACAGCUUUAGAAAUGGCUAAAGGUGAACCACCAAGAGCUGAUUUACAUCCAAUGAGAGCAUUAUUUUUAAUUCCAAAAGAUCCACCACCAACUCUUGAAGGCAAUUUUUCAAAGACAUUUAAAGAAUUUUGUGCUCUCUGUUUAAAUAAAGAUCCAAAUCAAAGACCAACUGCCAAAGAACUCUUAAAACAUAAAUUCAUCAAAUCCGCCAAAAAGACAAGUGGUUUAACUGAUCUCAUCGACAGAAGAGAAAAAUGGUUACAAUUAAAUGGUAAUAAUUUAGAUGAGGAUAACGAAGAUGGAGAUAGAGAAAAUAGAGGUGGCGACGAAGAUGAUGGUUGGGAUUUCCCAACUAUCAAACAAAAAUCACCAGCUGCCCCAGUUAAACCAGCAACUGUACCAGCUGCUGCUUCAAAUCCAGUUAAAGCUGCUGAACCACAACCAUCAACACCUGUAAAAGAAUCUGUAACAACAACUCAACAAACAACUGUAUCUGUAACAUCAACACCUGUAGAAACUAAACAAAGAACAACUUCAAAUGGUUCAUCAACUCCAGUUAAACAACCAUCAGCAGCUGCUCCAUCUACUACUACCGCUGUCCCAUCAUCAAAUAACGCUGUGGCCAAUAACGCUGCUGGUCAAGCCCCAAGAGCUUCCGCACUUACUUCUGUUAUCUAUCCUGUAUUAUCAAAAUUACUUAAAAAUACAUCUGAUGAAAAUGUUAUCAAUGCUUUAGCUCAACUUAAAAUGGCAUUUGAUAAUGCCGAAAAAGCAAAACCUGGUAUUACUCAUAGUUUAAUCGCCCAAAUUAUUGAAACUCUUAAAAGAUAAUUUUAUAUAAUAAUAAUUAUAAUAAUAAAUAAAUAAAUAAAUACAUAAAUAUUAAAAUAAACAAAUAAUUUAAAAAAAAAGGUAAUAAAUAAUUUUUAUUAAUAAUAAUACUAAUAAUAAAAAUAUAAAACUUUUAAUAUAUUUUCAU